GGGUUUAAGGGUUUGAUAGGAACAAGAAGAAAAAGCUUAGCAGUGUGCUAUGGCUUCCACAAUGCUGUGUAAAUCAGCUGUGAGAGUGGCAUCAAGGACGCUCGCGAAUCGUUCUAGAAGCUUCGCUCAGAGAUCUUCAACUCCGUUUAUGGUUUCUUCGCCUUCUUCAACUCAUAUUCCUCGUGCUUCAAGGGUUCUGUCUGUUAUUGGAAGCUUAGAGUCUUUGAUGCCACUUCACAGUGCUAUUGCAAAUGCAAGACUCACUUCCAAUAUUGCUGUUGAUUCCAGCUGCUGGAGCUUGCUUUCUAGAGACUUUGCAGUGCCUCGGUGACAAAGGCUAAACUAAAAGGAUUCCAUCAUUUCAAUCUUCUCUCCCUUCUCUAUGGAGCAUCACAAUCUAGUUUAACAAAAUCAUAUUAUUCCUUCUAUCUAUUCUCAUUUCCAUGUGACAAGUUUUAUGAAUUAUUUGUGGAACUUUUAUUCUUUUAAGGGGGAGUAAGUUUGAUUACUUGUCAGUCUCUUUCUUUUAAUUGUUCUUUAUACUUUAUAGGAUAACUCCCUUGUUUCUUUGUCAUAUAUAUGCUGUUAAUUAUGGCCUUAGCUGGUGUGUUUAGAUGAUUGUUGGUUUUUCUCAAGAGAAUGUAAGGUCAACAUUUUUAGCGUAAAAAGAAGAGAGAGUUGGC